AAGAACCCUCUUUAUUGUGUCUAGGUUUUUUCGUUCACAGACGAACACAUCAUGGCUUCCGUCGUAUGGAUGGCAGUGUUCAUUCUGCUCAUGAUCGAGCUUUUCAUCACCGGGCUUUUGGUUUUGCCCCUUCCCCGCCUCAUCCGCAGAUUCAUUGCGAAAAAGAUUUUCACAUACGAUCUUGCGAAGCGUGUGCGCUUCUUAUCGAAUUUUAUCAUCUUAGGUCUGGUGUUGGCCGUGUCUGAUGCAAUCACCACUUUGCGUCGCCUCGAACAAAAGUUGGACAUGAGUAGUGAAGGUGUGAAGCAGCACACGGGCGAAGCCAGAACUGGAUACAUUGAAGUUAGCAUGGACAAGCAACGCAAGUUCAGGGCAGAGAGAAAUUGUACCUUGCUGGUUUCGCACUCACGUUGAUGUUUGUCAUCGCCCGGAUUGUCGAACUGAUGCAGCAGAAUACGGAGCAUGAAGACGAAAAAGAGACAUUGUCACAGAGACUCAAGGACAUCGGCGAUUCCGCCGAGAAGAAACUGGGUGGGCCGAUCACCGACAUCUCAACCGCGACGGAAAGUGAAUCGACGCUCCGAAAGCGCAGCGGCACAGCUACGGAAAAUGCGGACAAAAGGGAUUAGAGGUGUUGUCCGUCACUAGACUAAUAGGGCGAUGGUUGCUGUAACUGUAUUGAAUGGAAACAGGAAUAAUUCCGUACACUACUUGCGUCGUUGAUGUAAACCAGCACCACUAACGUGCCACGACGGCGGAUCCUGCCUGCGUUCUUCUGGCCGUACGACUGGCUGUGUAGUGUAAAUGUGGGAAGGAUCCUGGGGAUCAACAAAUGCGUCAUUCUGAUCAGGGAAGAAUUGGGCUGGUGGCGGCGCAGACUCGUUCACGGCGACGGGCGGUGCUUGCUGCUGCGUCUGUUGCGUUUGGGCAAGUUGUUGGCGUGUGGCUCCUAGGACGUUGUUGAAUAUGGGGAGGAAGGUGUUGACGCCACCUUCUGCAAAGUUGAUGCGGAUGGACAAGUCGCCGGAAAAGGGCUGCUCGUCGUAGUACAUGAUGCCCGCAGUGAGGUUGAUGCAGCCGAAGAUGGGCUGGUUGAGCCUCUCGUCGUAGAUGCCGCGGAAGGGCAUCUCGAAAGUGGCGGCGCCGGCCUUCUGCUGGUCUUGUUGGCGGAUCAUAAAAACCAUGCUGUGGUUUGGUCAUGAAGAGGCGACCUUUGAGACGCUUUGCUGUGCGCGCGGAGUCGCGGAAAGAGACCUCGGUCUUGUCGCGGGUGAGGAGGAAGACCUCGCCCAUGAACGGCAGCGGGAAGGGGCCUUCGGGACCGGUGGUAAGGGGAAUAUUGACGGCCAUUUCGUGUAG